GAUCAGACACAACGGGGGAGUGUCGAUUCAAAACAUACACAUUGUCUUACGGAAAAUAACGGAUCCAAGGAAACGGCGUAUUUGAGCGAUUUAUGCGUUCAAUAUUUGUAGUUACAAGUGCGAUACAUCCCACAACGUAUGUGAUAUAAUUAAUUCAUCUUGGCUGCUGGAAUGUGGCGUAGAUGCACGUGCACUGGGAUGUCACACUGGAAUAUAGAUACAUCAUACAGCAUUGCAACUUGUGUGUGUUGUAAGGUCGUUAUUACUUAGUGAUGUGAUAUUCUUUACGGUAUUGCAAUAACGACCUUUGACCUCGUGGUUAUAUGUGGAUAUUGACACGUUUUACACGUGCAAUUAUCUCAGCAUCAUUGAGACCCUACGUGUACGGCUUCCGGAACCAUCCUCACAGUGGCAAACUCAUAAAACGGUCAUUUUUGACACAACAUGUUGAGAGUUCACAAGACAGAGCAAAUUAUACAUAUAUACACAAGUUGACGUGAAGGGAGUGGUGUGUUACUAACCAUUGGGUCGCUAUAGAACCGAUAGAGAGGCACACAAUAUGUUACAGGAAUGUUAACACGUAGAAAUCACGAGCAGACACAUGACACAAGAAAUUACGCGCAUGCAUGUCUUGUACAUCGCCAUUUUACCGUUCUGAGUAGUGAUAUAGAUAAGUGUCUCUCGUCUAGAUAGUCUGCUGGAAUAUUUAGUGUUGACUCGAAGAAGCCUCGAAGAAUGGAUUUGGUACUCAAUGUGUUAUAAGCCUGGCGUAAAGGGACUCACAAAGUAGCAAAACAGGGCGCGAUGCCAUCGACAAUGCCAGGGAGUUUAUACAAACGUAUACCUAAAACGCAAAUUGUGUCUGCGUUCCGGUCCCCGUGUCCCAUCACCGGCAUUAGUCCCGACAGAGAGGGCGGGGCGUGGAUAUGUGACUAUGCCAGCAAGAACGUCAGAUACAUUGAUCACAACGGAGAGGUCAAGGUCAUCAUAGGUUACGGCGUUAACAUCAAGGACGUCGAUGUUUCCCCGACCACACAGAACCUCUGGGCAUGCUCACACGAGGACCACAGCAUCAUGGAGUGCACAGAGGAAACUCCGUCCAUUCGUUUCCAGACCGACUACAGACCGUAUAGUGUAUGUGUCACAUUAGAUGAACAAGUCAUCGUAGGCAUGGAAAAACGUGUAACAAAAUACAGCACGAACGGUAAAAUUUUACUCUCUACCUCUGCAAGCUCGUCACUAAGUUGUCUGCCCUUGUUUUGUAGACCGGCGCGUUUUAAGGGCUCGUGUGUAUGCACACCACACAGGAUCUCGGAAUGUCACAUGACCCGAAACUUUGCCGUGGUCGAUUUGGAUUGGUCAGAUGAUGGCGGGAACGAUAGGCCAUAUGUGCUUGUUAUGAACAAGAAUUUCCAAGAGUUGUUUCGAUACCAUGGAAACACCCCAAGGGACGUAACGGUGAGGGGUGAAACGAAUUCGUUUUAUCCCUGUGACGCAAGAUAUGACAGUGACGGAUGUCUUGUGAUUGGUGAUACGGACAAUCGCUGUAUCCACCUUCUGACCGGACAUGGUCAGUACCUCAGACUCAUACAUACCGACAGAGUGUUUCCUCGGGCACUGGGAUUGAACGAGCAUAACGUAUUGUGGUCUGUGUUCGGUGUAUUGGGGGAGGGAGACGUCAAACUCAUGUUGUACAAUAGAACCGAAUGACGUCACGUAAAGACGUCACGCCGCUGUUGUUACAAUGACACUUGUGUGAAAGCCCUUGUUAGGUGUUCGGCUUAACUCCUAUUGCUCGAGACCACACCUACGUGUAGGACUUAUUGAUAAAGUGCGCGAAGUUACUUCUCAGUGAAUUAUGUAACAUAUAAGAGAGUGACGUCACACCUCAGUGACCGACGUAACACACGACCUAGUGGUGGACAUGCAUGUGUGCGAUUCCUUAAAGCUACUGUGAUAUUGUGUCAAUGAUCAGAAUCGUCACGGACCACUAAUGGAACAGGUCUCAGAACCGUCACGGACCUCUAAUAGUACAUGUCUCAGAACCGUCACGGAGCUCUAAUAGUACAGGUCUCAGAACCGUCGCGGACCACUAAUAGUACAGGCCUCAGAACCGUCACGGACCAGUAAUGGAACAGGUCUCAGAUCCGUCACGGACCUCUAAUAGUACAGGUCUCAGAACCGUCACGGACCACUCAUAGUACAGGUCGUGACUUUGUCGAGAUAGCAUCUGUAAGAAAUAUACAACAAUACCUGUAUUCUAUUAUUAUCUACCCCGUUUACUUUGUAUGUCUAUAACUUCAGGGCCCCAUGCCUCCCAAAUGAGUUGUUAUAUAUGAAUGUAUACAUAUAGGAAUUCCUGUCUCACCCGACCAGCAAUCCAUUGAGAAUUGAUGUAAAUCUUCCUGUUUUUGAUCCGAAAACCUGUAUACUGUGGAACUUGUCCAAAUAAAAUUUCAAAUAAAGCGAAAAAUCGUAUACGACACUGCGUGAUGUACAAAUUAACCUGUGGUAUAUGGCAACGUAUACGAUAUUGUCAAUUUAAACAAGUUUCACUUUAAAGGAUCGUCGUAUUUCAUUCUUUAAGAUGUAAGCUUAGAUGAUUGGUCAGUAUUCUGUCUAUUACAGCAACAUUCACUGUAAAAUCUCAAGAUACAUGUAUUUUGCUCCUUACGCUGUCGGUAUGGACAAGUUUCAAUGUAAUGGAUAUACGUACUGUGGUCUUUAUACCAGUUCACACAAGGUUCGCCGCACAUAUUGUCCAUCCAGUAGGAAAUCUCACAGGGGAAUUAUGCAUAUUGUUUUCUAUGUAUGAAUGGACAUAUAUAUAUGUUUUAUAAAAAAAAAUCCAUUUCC